AUGGAAUUGAAAAAAGUGAUAAAGGACAAGAAAUUCUGGUUUGCAUCUUUCCUUAUCACUUGGGCUGCAGCUCUCCAGGGACACAUGAUGUGGUUACAGCGCCAAGAUUCAUUCAAGCAAAAGUUCCCCAACAUCGAUGAUCAAACCCCCAAUAAUAAUGAUACUUCUGCUACUCAAUCCUCAUAA